AUGGGAUUCAGGCGUAAAAAUGACGAGCCGGACCCACCAGAUCCAGUCUUCGACGAAGACCAGGACCUCAGCGAAGUUUGGCCGCAAGUCGUGCGGGAGUAUGAGAACACCACCAAAACGAAGCUAGAUCCGAAGAUGACCUUCGAGAGCUUCCAGCUGCAGAUCGACGCAAGCAUCAAAGAGUCCACUACUAAGAGUCAUCAACAUGCUCGGAAGGUCCUCAACAAUGUUGGAGUCUUUAUCGAAAAGUUUGGGAGCAUCCUCGCACAAGGAGCAGGUACAGUCUUUGGGCCCACGGCUCAAUGCUGGAAUGCAAUAAGCUUCGUUAUCCAAGCAGUACGGGGCUUUAACGACAUGAUGGAUGGGUUCGUCACUUUAAUGGAACGCUCAUCAGCCUUCCUGCGGCGCCUUGUCCACUUUAUGCAGCAAAAGAUGGGCACAGAUGGGACCUAUCUACCGCGCGAUCUUCGUAAGCCGGCAUACGAUAUUCUUUCUCUAUUCCUGCGCGUACUCCAAUCUUCAUACAAGCUGGCGACUAGCAAGAGAGAACAUCUAAAAGCUAUGGCAAAGGUCAUUCUGUUCAACUCCGACGAGCAGGUUGCAGUCUCACUCACGCUUAUGGAAGGUCUUAUUAAAGAUUUCACCAUGGCUGAGAUUGAUGAGAUCCUGUCGGACGUCAGAGGUGUAGCAAGGCAUCUUGACAAAUCUGAGGAAGAAAGGAAACAAUACGAGGGAGAGGCUCGUGAAUAUCUCCAGGAGAUAUGCAAAGUUGGCGAUCAGGUUCUUAGCAUUACUCAGCAGAUGAAGACUACUAUGGACGGCCGAGCUAGCAAGGAUCAACAUAAAGACAACCUGCUCAAAAUAGCAAACAGUCUGGGACUGAAGAAGGGUGACAGCUGGGAGACCUGGAACAAGCGGUACAGUGAGCUCUGCAAGACUCAUGUGCCUGGGACAGGAGAAUGGCUCAGCCAAGACGAGCCUGUAUUCAUCCAGUGGGCUGAUCUCGAUCAGCAUGACAAAAAAGUCCUUUUCCUGACGGCUGACUCUGGCUUUGGCAAAACGCAUCUCUUCAGUCACGUCGUUUCACAUCUCGAAAAGAAAUGCCGGACUCCGCGUGGACCAAAUCAAGCUUACCUGGCCUAUUACUACUAUGGUGAAGACAAGGACGACUCUCUCGAACGGUGCAUAGGAUCUAUCAUUUACCAAUUCGCAGCUGCAGAUAUCGGAUAUGCUGAAGCUGUCGUUGAAGAAUGCGGGCGAUCCUCAAGCAUUGCGCGAGCCGAAGAUCGAUGGGAAAAUCUCGUGUCAAAGCUACAGCAUGCCAUGAAAGGGACGUAUUUCUUAUGUAUGGACGGUUUUGACAAUCGUGGUCAAUUAGACGCAGCGGGAACAAUGGUGUCGACUAUCUCACGUCGUGCUGUAUCUCCAGCCGAGUCCAAAGGUGUCUCUCUACGUCUCUUCAUAUCCGGAAACGAAGACGCACUUUCUGAACUCUCACAAGGGGCCGAAAUUAUCCCCACCAUUGUUCUUGGACCGCGUGGACACUUUGCCCGGCCCCCAGAACGAGCUGGUGACGAUCUUGAUAUCUCAUCGCCGUCAGAAAAACUACCAAAUGCAAGUGAUCUGAGAGCUGUCACAAGGGCGCGGAUUAAGGAUGUCUGCAAGAUCAAACCCGAUCUAAAAGCAAUGCUUAGCGAAACGAAUAUCGAGCUUCUGCUGGAAGGCAUCCGUGGAAACUAUAAGAAUCUUGAAGCAAAGAUUACGGAGAUCAACGCUUGUGACACCAAAGGAAAGGUUCAAGAUGUUAUUAAUAACACGAGUGCCGACAUGGAUACUGUUCGAAGAAAUACAGUGAAGGCACUAGAUGCCCUUCUGACUUCACGUCAGGCUCAGGUACUUAACGGACUUCUUGUGUGGGUUGCUGGCUUGAGCUACCAGGAACCAUCGACCAAGUUACUCGAAAGCGUUCUCUUUCUUAUCCUUGGAGAAGAGUUCCUCCUUGCCGAUCAGAUUCGUACCACUUAUUCGCCUGUGCUUGAAGUUGACAAAGAAGGUAUAGUGGGUCUCAAAGACGGCAUGAAAGAUAUCCUGUCCGCAAGCGAUACGUCAGGCUCAGAAUCAACGCUCUCUCAACUGCAUGCCGAAGCAAUCGGUAGUGCCGAAGUCAAUCUCUGUCGUCGUUUCAUCAAGAAUGCUUGUGAUCCGAUAGAUUACGCCAGAUUCAGAUUCGAUGAAUUCUUCGAUGCCAUGGCACAGAAAGUCCACAUCCAUCUUGACGGCGAUAACGACGUGAACGUCGCUAUCCUGGGCUUGUGUUUUCGUGGUCUUUUUGAAAGCCGGAAAGACGGAAAACUCGAAGAACUGUGCGACUAUGCUUCAAAGUACUUCUACUAUCACCUCAAGUUUCUAGUAGAGGCUCUCGACAAUGACUUUGAGCCAAGUAGGAAGUUUUUGGCUGACAUUGGGAUGAAGGUGGUCGACCUGUUCUACGAUUCCAAUAUGAUCGAUGUGUGGUUUAUGGAGAAGAAUUUGAAUUGGCUGAAAUGUGACUUUUUGUGGCAGGAGGACUACAUUGAUUCUCUACUGAGGUUACUGAAGAAUUCGCAAGUAGCCAAAGGCUAUGCAAGAGAUGCAGACAAGAGUAAAUGGGUCCAGGCUGCCAUUUCCGGCAACGCAAACAAAUACUCUAUUUUCGAACGUGUCGCAGCACGCUUCGCAAGCCAUUGGUUUAGCUCGACUGGGAUAACAGAAAGAAACUAUCUUUGGAUUUCUUACGGCAUAGUUGCCAAGGUACAUAAUCCAGAUAAACCCUUCGAAGAAUGGAAUCCGCCUUCCCUUGUAGAGGCUGAUAAGUUCAUCUGCUGGGCAAAGGAACAUAUAGACACCAACAUCGACAGCUUCACCUGGGAUUCUCGCGUGGGUGCGACGUACAUCGUGUUUGAGCAUUACAAGGCAGCGAUUGUUGCGUUGGAUAGAGCCGAGCAACACUCUCAGACGAGCUGGGGGCUGUUAUUCAAUCUAGCAAAAGCCCAUGAGAGCGAAAAGAACUAUCGCACGGCAAUCAAGUACAUGCAAGACUUCAAGUCGUUUAACAAGUCAUCUCCCGAGACGGACGAUGAUUACAAGACUGCUGGCUGGGAAUUGCUUUUGCUGGAAGCAAAUUGUUACCGACGGUGUCGUGAAUACGACUCAGCCAUCAAGUGUUUUCAGGAUCUCUUAGACCAGGAUAUCGACGACAAUUCCGAUAUGAGCUGGACUCAUCUCAAUGCUUUGGAAGGGCUCUUCACGACCUGGACUGAAGCAAAACGCUACCAGUCUAUCACAGAAUUUGUUCGCCAGUGGAAAGAUUCGGCAGCCCAAAUCCGUGGCCCCACUUAUUGGCUGCGAAGGGCAGCAUAUUGGGAUGAUGUCCAUACCAGCAUUAUCGUCGCCGCAAAGCUCGCCAGAGUCGUGGAAGAGAUCAUCUCUUUGUAUCAGGAAGCUAUUGAUUGCAAGCUGGUUGACCUUUCCAUGGCGGAUGAGCAGGGGAUAGAUAUGUCUGCCGAUGUAACGGAGCAGCUGCAGUACUUUCAAGCUGUUCUUAGGUUCCACGGAAGUGGAUCCCAGCAUGAUCAGCAUCUGAGUAUACAGUACUGGGAAGAGAUUAUCCGGCGAUCUGACGAAAACCCAGCGUUGUAUAUGACGGCAUGGACAGCUAGUCGCAAGCUAGCUCCGACUCUUCUCGACAAGGCAGUUGCUGAACUUGUGACGGCCCCGUCAAGUCCUUCGGAGAACUACAUCAGCAAAUUGGAGAAGCUUGCAAACUUGAAUACUUCGGUAAUCUGCAACCUUCGUCAAGGUUAUAAUGACCCUCGCCUCUGUUUGAUAAGACUGUACUGCUUGAAGGGAGACCAUUUCUCAGCUACUGUGCAAGCACAGGCUCGACUUUGCAGUGUAUUCGACAAGUGGCCUGAAACUACAGAUGACGAUUCAUUCCGGCUUCGUUUUGCGAACCUCGCCCAAACAUUAACUGUUCUCGACAAAGAUGAAGAUGCUAUUGCAGCGUGGCAAGCGAUCGGGGCACCCAAAUCGUUCAAUACCUCAUCUGUCGUUUCAGAGAUCGUAGGUACUGUAGAGAUCUCACAGCCAAGCUCUGGGGUAUCUUCCACAAACGGUGUACCUGCAACUGUUGACAAUAAGUCUGAAGACGUUGCAGAACUGUCCGCGUCGGCUACGAACACGACCAAGGCGUACAUAUCCGGUUAUGGCUGCGACGGAAAGUGUGGGAAAGACUGGAGUGACAUGUUAACUGAUUGUUGGGUGUGCAAGCACUGCCUCUGCGUACAACUCUGCCCAGGAUGUCAUGAAAAGCUUCUGGCCAAUGACCUACACCCUCUGGUCUGCAACAAGGACCACAAGAUGCUGUUUUUACCGCCAUUCGACUGGGAUGCAUGGCGCAGUAGGCCAGCAGAAAUGAUGACUGUUGGCCAGAAGUUAGUACCACGCGCAGAAUGGGUGGACAAGAUCUGCAAAGAGUUCAAUGUGCAGCAGAACGAAAUAGAUCUGAUCAAGAUGGAGAAAGCCAGAGAAUUGAAGGCUGCCAGUGUCAUUGCGGUGCAAUGGCGCAACAGAUUACAGAGACUCAGGGCUAGAAAACAGGCGACAGCACCCAAACUUCGUCGAGUGAAGACAGUCGGAUAG